UGUCGGCCAGUGGGGGGGGGGAGGGUGUAAAUGACAAAUGUUCUGCGGCGCGUGUGACCGAGGAGCUUGGGCGCCUCGCCGCCGGCAGAUCUGGAAAUAAGAUAGCCGACGCAAAGAAGGCAGGGAUCUAAUACCCUUAAUAAUUGUAUGCAAGAGGAAUAUAAAAAGGCUUUUCUGCAGUUUCGUUCCACUUGGGAUAUUCCUUAUGCUGAUAUGGUAACUUCAGAGUGGCUCCCAUCACAGGUGAACAGAGGCUAGCAGGAACAGCCUGAUAGGGGCCCAUUUCCAGACAGACGUGGAUGAUGCCAGAACUAUGACAGGGGCUGCAGUCUUGGCACUGAAGGGAGGUGAUCAGUUAUGGAACAGUCAAAGGAGGAAGUACCUGAAGUCAGGGAAGAAGAGGAGGAAAAGGAAGAGACAGUGAUGGCAGUAAGUGGAACCUCAGAGCCAAAUGAAGGUCUAGGUAAUUCAGCACCUUCUGUCAGGUAUACAGAUCUUUCCCAGAGUUCUUCUCCUUCUCUGUUGGACCACCUCCAGAUGGGCUGUGAUGAGGCAAAUUCUGGAAGUCUAAAUGUGGAGUGCAGAGUCUGUGGUGACAAGGCAUCUGGGUUUCAUUAUGGAGUACAUGCAUGUGAAGGCUGUAAGGGCUUCUUUCGUCGGACAAUCCGUAUGAAGCUGGAAUAUGAGAAAUGUGAGCGGAACUGUAAAAUUCAGAAGAAGAACCGAAACAAGUGCCAGUACUGCCGCUUUCAGAAAUGCCUUUCAUUAGGCAUGUCGCACAAUGCCAUUCGUUUUGGCCGCAUGCCAGAAGCUGAAAAAAGGAAGUUAGUGGCAGGACUGACAGCUACUGAAAUCAGCUGCCAGAACCAGCAGGUGGCUGAUCUGAAAGUCUUUUCCAAGCACAUCUACAAUGCCUACCUGAAAAAUUUCAACAUGACCAAAAAGAAAGCACGAGGCAUCUUAACUGGAAAAGCCAGUAGCACCCCACCUUUUGUGAUUCAUGACAUGGAUACGCUGUGGCAAGCUGAAAAGGGUCUGGUGUGGAAACAACUGAUAAAUGGGAUGCCACCAUACAAGGAGAUUGGUGUUCAUGUUUUUUACCGCUGCCAGUGUACAUCAGUGGAGACCGUGCGUGAGCUCACUGAAUUUGCCAAGAGCAUUCCUAGUUUCAUCAGCCUUUACCUUAAUGAUCAAGUAACUCUCUUGAAAUAUGGGGUACAUGAGGCCAUCUUUGCCAUGCUUGCCUCCAUCAUGAAUAAGGAUGGACUCCUGGUGGCCAAUGGGAAUGGUUUUGUGACACGUGAGUUCUUGCGCAGCUUGCGCAAGCCCUUCAGUGAAAUCAUGGAGCCCAAAUUUGAGUUUGCUGUGAAGUUCAAUGCCCUGGAGCUAGAUGACAGUGACUUGUCUCUGUUUGUAGCUGCCAUCAUCCUGUGUGGAGACCGCCCUGGCCUAAUAAAUGUUAAGCAGGUUGAGGAGAUACAAGACAAUAUUCUUCAAGCUCUUGAAUUCCAUCUACAAGCUAAUCAUCCAGAUACUCAAUACCUCUUUCCUAAGUUGCUGCAAAAAAUGGCUGACUUGAGACAGUUAGUGACUGAGCAUGCACAGCUGGUGCAGAAGAUCAAAAAGACAGAGACAGAGACUUCUCUGCACCCUCUCUUACAGGAAAUCUACAAGGACAUGUACUGAGGAGCUUAUAUUUAUCAGAUAGGUGAAAGCCAUGGAAUCCAGCAAAUGCUUGUACAUUAGCAAAGAAAUCCCUGUGUCUUCCAUUACUUCUACUGGAAAUGCUUUGCUAGAUGAUUGCUGUAUGCUGUACAUAGGGGCUUACAGUAGAAAAUAUGGAAUUUACCAUAUGGUAUAGACCAGAGGGCUUCCGUUAACAUACACUAAAUGAAACUUAAUUUGUUGCUACAGUUCAGCUCUUAGCAGUAUUCCAGAGCAGUUGAUGUAUUUACACACACCCUGCAAAUGUGCUUGAAUUGUUCUAUUGGAUAACAUGAAUUGUGCCCAGAUUAUUAAAGCAAGCAGUACCUUGACUGACAAGUACAGAAAUAGCACUUACAUCAUAAUCCUGUUAUAUAUUAUUUUUAUAUUGCACUCUGAAAUUAUGGAUGGCCCUAGCUGUAGAAUAUUAUAAAGAAACUAUGUGGGUAUAUACAUUUCCCAAAGAAACAUCCAAGUGUUUCAUGAGGAGUAUGACCACUCCUUCUGGAGAUUCUUUCAUUGGAAAGAGGUUUGCUCUUCACCCUCAGUGCACAAAAAUGGACAUGUCUUCUGGCUGAAAGUCCUGUCCUCCACAUGGGUUUCUACAUACCUCUACUCUUUCUACACUGCAGGUUGUCGAAGCUCUUCAUGAAUGUGUAUAGAGCUUGCUUGUUUACUGUAGAAAAGUGGGCUUUCCUCUCCUACUGUGUUCAGGUGCUCACCCAGUAAUGAGCUGGAUCUGAAAAAGGGUGGAGAUGGGAUUUUCUCUUAGAUGAUAGCUGCGAAAAGUACAUUUGCAUCCUUCAUUUCAGCUAAGGUGGCUUUAAUGUUCUCUGAAGUCUGACAAAAAAGAAUCAUCCUAAGCACCUGAGUGAUUCUCUUUUGGGGAGGGGAGAAUACAGUAUAAGGUGGAUGUUAAAAGGCAGCAGAUAGAUCCCUGUGAAAUCAGCGUGAUUUAAGGAUGUAAAUGAAGGCAGUAAUAAUGUAUUUCAUUGUUUUUAAUGCAGCUUCUUACCCCUGUCCUUUCCAAGAGGAGGAUUCCUAAUAUGUGAAUUGCACCGGUAUCUUUUCCACAAGCAUAAAUGCAUUAUGUGCUUUCAUAAUCAGCUAUUGGGAAGAAUUGUUUCAUGUUAAAAAGUUUUCUGUGUUCAGAAAACAUUUUAACAACUCUUUCUCAACAGAGAGUCAAAGAGUUGUUAAAACAAUUUAUUUAAUAUUUCCCAAGGAUUUGGACUAGGUUACAAUAUAUUUUUGGCUCCUUUUUCUUUCAUGAUCGGUCCUGCUUCAUUCCAUAGGUGUGCCAGGCAGCUUUUGCUAAUAUAAAUUAUCAGCAUAGAUCAUCUUUAAUAUAGAAGAAUCUGCAUGUGAGGACUUCAUUGUCAUAUUGAUGUGCCAGUAAUGUGGAGUCAUUAUGCCUACACCAGGUUGAUGUAAUGUGAAGUUUGUCAGGCUUCUUUCCUUGGUAACUUCCACUGUAUUCUGACCACAGAAUAGAUCAGCACAAUGGUUGAAUGUGGCCUUAAGAGCAUUGUCAUGUAAUUCUGGUAAUGUUUUUUUGCUACAUUGUCAAGUGGAUUGCUUGCUUUCAGGGAAGAAGAAGAAAAACUACUAUAAAAAGAACCCCAACUACCAAAAAUAAUAUAUCUACCCAUGUAUAGGGCAACAGAAUUUCAGAUGAUGCAAACAUUGCUUAAACUUGCUGGUUGUCCUGACAUUUCAAAUCAUGUAGAAUUAAAUGAAUACUUUAAUUUUUCAUUUCUAGAUUUGGGUAUAGAAAUUGUCAAAGAGCUUUCAGUCUUAAUUAAUGACAUACUAUAUUUUCAAGAAUAUUUUCAAAUUGGGUCCUUUUAAAGUACCACUCAAAUUUUUGGAAAUGAAGCAGUGUUUAGCAAUAGCUUUAUAUGGAAGAGGCCUCUGAUUCACAGUACCAAUUAGAAGAAUCAUGUGGCAAGUGAUAUAUAUGAAAGUUUCCACCUAAGCCACUGCCAUUUAGAGUAAGUAUGGUACAUUUGUCAAAAACUAGUUUUGUCUUGUGCAAAUUAGCUUUCUGUGCUCUUCUUUAUGCCCUGAGCUAUCUGAGAAGGAAAAUGCUGAACUGUUGGUCCUUCUUUCUGAAGCAUAAAUAGCAGAAAGAAAAGAUGCAACUUAGGCAACAUGUGCUCUUGCUUUAGCAGAAUACCGUUUUUAAGGCUAGAACAGGCUGCAAACUGUCCAUGCGUAAGGCUACCAUUUGGGGAUGGGGCCUAACUUGGGAAUAAGCAUAACUUUAAAUGAAGAAAUCCCAGAUUCUGUUUCCAGGUAGGACUGGGAAAGGGAUACAUCUGAAAUCCUGGAAUCCUGCUGCCAGCAAUCACUGUAAACAGUUCUGAGAUAAUCUUCCUACAUUAGUUUUAUUACAUAGCUGUCCUAGCCAAUUAAUAUUCUAUUAUUAUGACUCAUGAUAUAUAAUUUGGUAGACCCAGAGCCUGGAUAUCUUUUAAAAUAAGCAAAUGCUUAUUUAAAACAAAAUGAAUGGAAAUUUGAAUUGGGCAGCCGUGUUGCUCAAGUUUUAUUAUAAUCUGGCUAAUUUACUACCAACUUUUAAAAAGAGAAUCAGAAUGAACUUGGCAAGCUAUAGAUACUCUUGCAGUUAAAGCACAAGUUUUAAAUAACAGACUCACGUUUAACAACUUGCCUAGUAGAUACAUCUAGUCAGGAUUUCCAAAUAGGUUGUUGAAACUAGUGAAAAAUUAUCAAUAAUUUUCUCCAUUUCUUGAUGUCUGUGGUUGCAGGAAGUAUGCUCUUUGAUAGAAAUCCAUUUUUUAAAUAUUGAUCCUUCCUCUGCAACCCCCAUAAAAAUCCAGACAACUAGACCUGUAGCAGACAUGUAAAAAAUAUUUUGCUGUUGGUAAUGCUUUAUGAUGUUUAAGAGACUGUGUACAUGUCUAUGCAGAAAUACAUUCUUUGGGGAUAGUUUUGCAGCUAUAGUAUUGGUCUGUUAUAUAACUCUUCUGCAUUAAAAGGUUGUAUUUUUCCAUUAGUUCCAAUCUCAGACUGCCAAUACUAUAGCUGCAAAUCCUGUGCUUUGUUUUUCUACAGUUAGGCCCAUAAUGGUUAAGGAAUCUUUUGUGAUCUUCAUGCAUAGGAUAGUUCCAUUAGCAAUUCUGACAUAAUAGCUACCAUGUGUAACUAGCUGGAAUGUUGUUUUUGUUGCUAACUUAGGGGAAGCGGGGUGCUUGUUCCUUCUUCCAACUCUGCACGUAUAUGCAGUACUUGAUUUUGCUGUGCCUCUUUCCAGAAUGAAAUAAGUGGGAAAUUCUACCUCUACCUUGCAGGAUUGGUGUGAAGUUAAUGGAAUGUGUUUUAUUAUGAGAAUUUGUGUUGCAGGAGCCACGGGUGGGCAAAUCACUGAAAAUAAUGGCUUGUGAUUUUUAUAUUUCAGCAUCUGCCUUAGACCUUCAUUUUUAGCCACUAUGAUUGAAGACCUCUUUGCCCAGCAUCUUGCUGUUCCUCAGGAGAUGCUGAACAAAUAUUUGCAGCACUAGAAGAGUCUGCAUUCUUUGGGUUUUUUUUGGCUGAGGGUGUGAUGGCAGAAUAAUGUAGCAAUUCUCAAAUUGAAAUGUAUAUUUUUGCUAGAAAUUCAAAUUUCAGGUAUUUUUAAUAAAUAGUGACUGACAACGUAAAAAAAAAAGAAAUAAAUAUUUAAGAAAGUAUUGCAACGUAGCUCUUCUUUCAUCUACUUUAGAUUCCCUGAGGAUCUAGCUUUAUUUUUCUAUUACAGAUUUCACAGAAACACUGAACAAUACCUCUCAGCCACAAUGUAUCAUGCAAUUUUUUUGAGUAAUGGUGAUUUUUUAACUAGAAUCUUUUUAGGGCAAAAGAUAUUUCUGGGUUCUGCAGUUUGUUUUACUCUGGAUGUGAUAAUGGAGAAUCUUUUUAAAAAUUACUGUAUUAAAGCCGACCAUCACAUUAGGCAAAAGUUCUCAAGUUAUCUAGAAGCAUACUAAAACACAAAAGCAAAUUUAAGAUAUUCUUUUGGAAGUCACAAGUGAUUAACCAAUUUUGUCUCUAGCACUAAUUUAGACUUUAGGUAUAAAACUGAUCACAUACUUUUAUAUUUUCCUAUAUGCAGAUAUCAUAAAAUGCUGUUAGUUUCAGAAUCUUGUUGUUUAUACACAUAGAUCAAUUUGUAUGUAUAAAGCAGCCUUCAGUGAUCUGCAAGAGGCUGUCAGUGUGACAUGUUCUUCAUCCAAACAACAACAUUUAAUUACCCUACUUGUGUGGACUUUGACCAGUUCAAUACACACAGCUUCAGGCCAAACUGACUGCAACCUGAACUCAGAAUUGCUAUCUGAUAGGUAGGAUGCUGACACAAAAUUCCAAUUAUGAUUCAUUAAGCAAAGUAGGUUAUACAUCUGAGAAAAGAUACAUAGGAUUUUUUCACUGCAUGAUUUCUACAUAUCUCUGCAGGUUGUUCCAUGCUGAAGGCCUUUAAAAAAUAGUGUUUCAUGCAUGUAAAAUACUUCUGCUGUUUUCAUUUUAGUAAGUCUAACUUGGCAGCUGUUCUUUACCUCAUUGGAUAAAUGGGGCCUGACAGUAAGCAGUUGUUAGAGAUUGCCUCAUGAGAUUCAUUGCUGCCAGUGCUUGAAAACUUUUGUCACAUAAGUUAAAUGAACUUUUAAGAAGUUCCAGGACUCCUAUGUUGUUUAACUAUGUUCAUUUUGUAAAGAGAGAAUGAAUCUUGGUAUUUAUUCAAAAUUCAAGCCUACAGUCCUUGUGGCUGUUUUACAUAAUAUCAGAAAGGCAAAUCUUAAUGUUGCUACUGCCAAUAGAGGCGAAUAUAUGUAGCUCAGGGUUGAACUGAGUCCUUGGGGUUCUCUGAGCUUGGA